UUUCUCAGUGCUCAGGGCCCAACCCAAGUUCAAAGGCUGCAGGAAGAGACAAAUCCAUGAGAAGCUUUGCUUAAGAGACACUCAUUCAGUUGAUGGGAUCUUGGAGCGGGAGAAAGGAUGGGAGGUUCUCUGUGGCUCGUUUUCAGCUUCGUUGCUGUGGCGGCUGCCCAGAAACCCGAAGAGGAGGCGCGACAAUUUCUGACACAGUUCAACAAGCAGGCAGAAGACCUGUCUUACCAAAGCUCACUGGCUUCUUGGGAAUAUAAUACCAACAUCUCUGCUGAGAAUGCCCAAAAGAUGGCUGAAGCUGGAGCUAAAUGGUCCGCAUUUUAUGAGGAAGCAGUCAGGAAUGCCAGCAAAUUUAACCUCAGUCAAAUUUCAGAUCGCAGCCUCAAACUGCAGCUGGAAUCAUUCCAGAACAGAGGCUCCUCGGUCUUGUCAGAGGAGAAGCAGAAGAAGUUAAGCGAUGCUUUAAAUUCAAUGAGCACUCUCUACAGCACCGGAACAGUCUGUAAACCUGGAAAACCAGAUGAAUGUCUGCUGCUUGAACCAGGUCUGGAUGAUAUCAUGGCCCACAGUACCGAUUACGACGAGAGGCUCUGGGCCUGGGAAGGCUGGAGAGCUGGUGUUGGAAAGCAGAUGAGGCCAUUCUACGAAACCUAUGUGGAACUUAAAAAUGAAGUCGCUAGAGGAAACAACUACCAGGACUACGGGGACUAUUGGAGAGCAGAUUAUGAAACUAAAGAGGAGGGAUAUGAAUACAGCCGUGACCAGCUUAUUGCGGAUGUAGAACGCACCUUUAAAGAGAUAAAACCACUGUACCAGCAUCUCCACACCUAUGUGAGAUCCAAAUUGGUUCAAAAGUAUGGCGAAAAUCGCGUCAGCCCAACCGGAUGCCUCCCUGCUCACUUGCUUGGUGAUAUGUGGGGUAGAUUUUGGACAAAUCUGUACCCUAUUACAGUCCCCUAUCCAAACCAGCCCAAUAUUGACGUAACUGAUGAAAUGGUCAAGCAGAAAUGGACUGAAAUGAGAAUUUUUAAGGAAGCUGAGAAGUUUUUCAGCUCUGUUCACCUCCCAAAUAUGACAGAAGGUUUCUGGAAUAACUCCAUGCUCACAGAGCCUAAAGAUGGCAGAAAAGUGGUUUGCCAUCCCACAGCCUGGGAUCUGGGAAAGAAUGAUUUCAGGAUCAAGAUGUGCACGAAGGUGUCCAUGGAUGACUUUUUGACUGCUCACCACGAGAUGGGUCACAUCCAGUAUGACAUGGCCUAUGCCUCACAGCCUUACCUACUGAGAAGCGGAGCCAAUGAAGGGUUCCAUGAAGCAGUGGGGGAAAUCAUGUCACUGUCUGCAGCCACACCAAAGCAUUUGAAAUCCCUUGGUCUCUUAGCGCCAGAUUUCCAGGAACUCCAAGAAACGGAAAUUAACUUCCUUCUCAAGCAAGCCCUCACCAUUGUUGGAACCCUGCCCUUCACUUACAUGCUCGAGAAAUGGAGAUGGAUGGUCUUUAAAGAGGAUAUCCCGAAAGAACAAUGGAUGAAAAAGUGGUGGGAGAUGAAGCGAGAGAUAGUUGGUGUGGUCGAAUCGUUACCACAUGAUGAAACAUACUGUGAUCCUGCAGCUCUCUUUCACGUUUCUAGUGAUUACUCUUUCAUCAGAUACUACACAAGGACCAUUUAUCAAUUCCAGUUCCAGGAAGCGCUUUGUAAACUUGCUCAACACAAGGGUGAUCUUCAUAAAUGUGACAUCACCAAUUCUAUCCAAGCUGGGGAAAAGUUACUUGAGAUGCUGAAACUGGGAAAGUCAAGAUCCUGGACCUAUGCACUACAGAGUGUGACCCAAACAAAGACUAUGGAUGCACGACCACUGCUCAAGUACUUUGAGCCUUUGACAAAGUGGCUGAUUGACAAAAACAAGAAUUUCUACGUGGGUUGGAACAGUGCCUGCCUUCCUCUCACCGGGGACCUGGGAAAUGAGAAUGCCAUCAAAGUGAGGAUAAGCUUGAAAUCAGCAUUUGGAGAAGAUGCAUACGAGUGGAAUGAAAAUGAAAAAUACCUGUUCCAGGCAUCAGUCGCGUACGCUUUGAGGCAAUAUUACUUGCAAGACCAGAAUGAGAUCGUGAAUUUCCAGACCGAUGACGUGAUCAUAUACAAUGAGACCGCCAGGAUUUCCUUCUACUUCAAAGUUCAAAACAGAAGAGACAGCAUAUAUGUUCCCAAAGAUGAAGUGGAAAACGCAAUCAGGAUGUCUCGGGGCCGCAUCAACAGUGCCUUCCAACUGGACGACAACACCCUGGAGUUUCUGGGCAUUCCUCCUACAUUAGCACCGCCACCUGUGCCACCUGUCACCAUCUGGCUAAUCCUUUUCGGUGUGGUGAUGGGUGUUGUGGUGAUUGGAAUCGCUGCACUAAUUGUGACUGGGAUAAGAGAUAGAAGGAGGAAAAACGAAGAAGGAGAUUCAAGUGCUGAAAAUCCCUAUGCUAUUGGAAAUGGGUCAGAAAAUCUGGGUUUCGCAAAUGAUGAAUCCCAGACAUCAUUCUAGUAAACUUUUUUCAGUUUUACUUCCAUAUACGUGGUUUUGUUUCAUGUUUUUCAACAUCAUUGAAUGAAGACAGUGGAGGUUAAUUCAGCUCUCUGCAGGAAACUGUUCCUGCUCAGCCAAAAAUCAUUACAUGGAAUGUUAAUGCAUCAGUGUGCACAUCUACAGGGGUUUUUAUUUAUUGCUAUUUCCAAGCUUCAUUACCCCCAUGUUUCCAUACUGAGAACAUUCACAUUAGAGACGAAUAAAAGAAGAAAUUGCUUCUUUGCAGGAUGAGAUGUCCAGGGAGAUGAAGACAAUUUGACCCGGCUGGGUGGUUGGAUUAGUUGAAUUGGAAAGGAUAUUUUUCAGGAGGCAAGCACUGGUUGGCGAUGAAGGGCCUCUCUGGGUCCUGGAUCUAUAGCUUGGUUGCCAAUGACCAUAUCCUCGGCAGACAUAUACAGUUCAGAAAGAAAUGCUGAAUCCAGAUCGAAAGGACUUUCCCUUUAAUCUGAUCCGAUGUGUACCGACUGGACUACGGGAAGAGAAAAAUCCAAGACCAACUAUCUAGUGCACACCACUCAGAGAGAGGUUUCCUGAAGUUAAUUUUCCUGCAAAUAAUGGACUUUCCAAUUUAGUCUAUAAAUAAAGGUUUCAGUAACCAAAA